AUGGGUCCACUUUUCCGUAGCCUUUUCAGGCUAGUCACUUUAUUAUUUUUUGCUGGUAAUACAUUACUUCUAAUCCUUAUUAUCAUUUCUGGUGCUACGAACAGUAAUGCCGUGGAUGGAUUUUAUUGGGUUCAAGGUGAUACCAGCAAUAUUCCAAAUGCUCCUUCUUUGACAAGAUGGACUUUCUGGGGUGCUUGUUCAGUACAAGAUGGUUCGACCCAUUGUGGUGGUAACUUAUCUCCAGCUUAUCCCAUUUCCCCUGUUGACAAUUUUGGAACUCAGAGUAAUGUCCCAGACAAAUUUAUCUCUAAUAGAGACUCCUUCUAUUACUUGACCAGGUUUUCAUUCUGUUUCUUCUGGAUUGCUUUAGCCUUUAUUGGUGUCUCAUUUUUACUAUACAUUGGUUCAUGGUGUUCUUACGGUUUCUCUCAAGUCGUGUGGAUUUUAACCUCCGUGGGAUGUUUGUUUAACGUCACUGCUGUCGUUCUGCAAACUGCUGCCUCUGUUAUGGCAAGAGAUGCUUUCUCCGAUGCUGAUCGUGCUACUCGUUUGGGUUCGGACUUGUUCGGUAUCGCUUGGGCGAGUGUUGCUCUAUGUUUAAUCGAAUUCGUCGCUACUUUCAUUGAAUAUCUCAGAAAGUUUAAGUCUACGGUGAUUAGAGAUCAUGAAAAAGAAUUGCAAAAAAUUGAGGAACCUCGUCCCGUCGGCUCUAAGAAUUGGUUCUUUUCCUCUAAGAACGAAUCCUACCCAGCUGAAGAGCCUAUUGUGACCAACACUGAUCCAUAUGCCCAAAACAACGCCAAUGCCACAGCUGCCGCCGUGCCACAAGAAAAUCAGCACAAGGGUAUCAACUUUUUUACGAUCAGAAAGACCCAAAAAGUGACCCAUGAUGAUGACUCUGUUUAA